AUGAUCCCGAAUGAAACCGGAACAUUCCAGAACUAUAUCGAAAGAAACGACGCCGAGCUCAAGAGGAUACACGCCAUCGUGCAUAUGGCGACAAGCUCCGCUCCAAACAAAGAUAUGGUUAUCGAAGAAACAAGAAGGACUCCGUUCAUGAAUCGAAUCACCAUCGUAAGAUUACACCAUGUGGGAAAACUAAAAUUCCCCGAGUACGCUGGGAACACAGACCCGAAAGCUCAUGUACGAGCCUUCCGACUAGCGAUAUCAAGAGCGCAUCUCAACGACGACGAAAAAGAGGCCGGGUAUUGCUGCUUCUUCGCCGAAAAUCUCACCAGAGCAGCUCUUGAAUGGUUUGCCGUCCUAGAAGAAAACUCAAUCGACAACUUCACCCAAUUAGUAUCUACGUUCCUCAAACAAUACUCAGUUUUCAUAGAAACAAGGGUCACAGAGGCAGAUCUCUGGAAUCUCAAGCAGGCGCCCUUCGAACCGCUGAGAGCGUACAUAAACAAGUUCAGAGAAAUCAAAGCCAAGAAUUUGCAUCCAAACGAAGUUGUGGCCUUCGAAUCGCUGAAGAACGGCGUCUGGUUCUCAUCCAAAUUAAGAGAAGAAACGGCAGUACGAGCACCUAUCUCGUUGGACGACGCCCUACACCGAGCCUCCUACUUCGCAACCCACGAAGAAGAGGUCGCAGCCUUAAAAGAACAGUACAGUGCGAACAAAAAUAACACCUCCAAAAAGAUUAAUGCUCCUAAAGAACCAGCAACUAAAGGGCAGCACUCCUAUGCGAUAAACAAUUCGCCGCAAAACAAAUCGUCGAAGUACGAUCUCAACAUAUUAUGUGCCUUACAUAACCAGAAGGGAAGCUCGGCCGACAUCCUCUUCUAUGACGCAUUCAAAAGGAUGGGAUUCACCAAAGCCCUCCUUAAACAAGAACGAACCCCACUAAUCGGAUUCGCAGGAGAAACUACUUACUCCCUCGGAUCAAUCAAGCUCGCCGGUACCGCCGGAGAAGUCAGGAAAAUCGUCAAGUUCAUCGUGAUAGAUCGUCCAGCCCCGUUCAACGCAAUUCUCGGAAGACCUUGGCUGUAG